AAAGGUGCCAGUGGGAACUGCGUCUCCACGGUGGGGGGUUACGUGUCGCCUCUACGGCCUUUACCCUCUUCCCGUGGGGUUUUCCCGACUCCACCGCAGCCUUCCCGGCGGCCCAGCUCAUGCUGGUGCGGUCCCGCUUGGCGAACCUCCUGCCCCGCCUGUGUGUACUCCGUCCCGGCCUCGCCAUGAGCAGCGCUACCGGUACCCUCACCGUUAACCAGCCCCUCAACUACCGAGCGGGCUCCCGCGUUCAGCCUGCCGACGGCGGCCAGGCUGAGGAGGUGUAUGAACCGGCCACAGGUCGCGUGAUAUGCAAGCUGCUCUCCUCUGGGGAGAAGGAGGUUGAUCUGGCUGUGCAGAGUGCAAAGGCUGCCUUUAAAAUAUGGAGUCAGAUGUCUGGCAUGGAGCGAAGCAGGGUGCUGCUGGAGGCUGCUAGGAUUAUUCGGGAGCAGAGAGAAGAAAUUGCCACCUUGGAAACCAUCAACAAUGGGAAAUCCAUCUUUGAAGCCAGAGUGGACAUUGACAUAUCCUGGCAGUGCCUGGAGUAUUAUGCAGGACUGGCAGGAUCUCUAGCUGGUGAACACAUCCAGCUUCCUGGGGGAUCCUUUGGGUACACUCGGAGAGAGCCCCUUGGGGUGUGUGUUGGAAUUGGAGCCUGGAAUUACCCUUUCCAGAUUGCCUGCUGGAAGUCUGCCCCAGCUUUGGCUUGUGGCAAUGCGAUGGUCUUCAAGCCUUCUCCCUUCACCCCCAUUUCAGUGGUGAAGCUGGCAGAGAUUUUCACAGAGGCCGGUGUGCCCAAGGGGCUCUUCAAUGUGGUGCAGGGUGGGGCAACCACAGGCCAGUUUCUCUGUCAUCACCCAGAUGUGGCUAAAAUCUCUUUCACUGGCAGCGUGCCGACUGGUGUCAAGAUCAUGGAGAUGGCAGCUAAAGGGAUCAAACCAGUCACCCUGGAGCUGGGGGGCAAAUCCCCCCUUAUCAUCUUUUCCGACUGUGCUUUGGAGAAUGCUGUGAAUGGAGCCCUCAUGGCCAACUUCCUUACGCAGGGUGAGGUGUGCUGCAAUGGCACACGUGUGUUUGUGGAGAGGAAGAUAUUGGAUGUCUUCACAAAGGAGGUGGUGAAACGCACCCAGAAAAUCAAAGUUGGAGACCCACUUCUGGAAGACACACGGAUGGGAGCCCUCAUCAACCGGCCCCACCUGAAUCGUGUCCAGGGCUUUAUCAAGCAGGCAAAGGAGCAGGGGGCAGAGGUGCUGUGUGGUGGGGACCUGUAUGUGCCAGAUGACCCGAAGCUGAAGAAUGGCUACUACAUGCGACCCUGUGUGUUAGGGAACUGCAGAGAUGACAUGACAUGUGUGAAGGAAGAGAUCUUUGGGCCUGUCAUGUCCAUCCUACCAUUUGACACUGAGGAGGAGGUUAUAGAGAGAGCCAACGCUACUAAAUUUGGCCUGGCAGGUGGUGUCUUCACCAGGGAUAUCCAGAAGGCUCAUAGGGUAGUGGCUGCUCUCAAGGCCGGGAUGUGCUUCAUUAACAACUACAACAUCAGCCCUGUGGAGCUGCCUUUUGGAGGAUACAAGUCAUCAGGAUUUGGCAGAGAAAACGGGCGGGCAGCCAUUGAGUACUACUCACAGCUGAAGACUGUCUGCGUGGAGAUGGGUGAUGUGGAAUCUGUAUUUUAGUGGGUCUGGGUCCUGCGCAAGGGAGCAUCAGCCAGCUCUUGCCCAUCAGCCAGAGAGGUGGAUCACUUCCACAGCAAUAAAGUGCUCUAAAAUUCUAAGUGCCUGGAGGGAGACAGGGCUGGAGCAGCAUUUAGCCACCCUGCUCCUGCAAGGGGGAAAGGCAUGCACAGGGCUCAGCCUGUGGGCCUGCUCUGUCCUGUCUGGUGGAAGAUGGGAACCAUGGAGUAGGAGGCAGCAAUAUAGUUUUCCAGCUGCAGCUUGUGCAGCUACGUAGGUGUUACUAUAGGCUUGUCAGUGGCAGAGGCCUGGCCCAGGCUGCUUCUCCUGCUGCAUGCCUUGAACCCCAUUGCCUUCCACCCUCGGUCAACUUCUGUUUUGGCUUCUUAACAGAAUGCACAUACAAGCUCUUGGACGCACUCAUGUCCUGUAGCCAUAGGCUGUGUCUAUGACUACAUAAAACCUUUAGGGUAGGAUUGUUUGUUCCUUUUAGUCCCCUUAUAAACACAAAUCUUGUUUUUUUCUAUCUGUACCUCUCUUCCAACAUGGAACAAAAUAUUGUGGGGAGGGUUAGCUGAUGCUCAUAAUUCUACACUGCCUGGAACAGGCACGGUCCUGAGAAUCAUCGCCACACACAGAGUAUGGAGCACAGCCAAAGUGGUAGCAGGCUCCACCACAGGAUAGAAGGCCGCUACUCUUAAGCAAAAGCUAUUUGAUUUUUUUCCUAUAGGCCUACUGUUCUUUAUAAACAUGAUACAGCAACAACUUUUUAAUGUUUACCUACAUCUUUUUUCAGCAAUCAAAUAAAUGUUAACUCUGUUUGGAA